AUGUGGACCAAGUUGGAAUCCAAUCGAGUUAUUCUUCCUUAUGGAGGAAUUCUUACUCUCCUCCUUACUCAACUUAACAUUACCAAUGUUUCUGAGUUUUUUAUAAAAAGGACUCGAUAUGAUCUUUUUAAUGAAACUUAUCUCAAACAAAUGGAAUAUGAUAAGGGAAGUUCUGGUUGGUAUUUGAAAGCUGCAAAGAAUACACAUGCACCACCUGCAUUUGCAGCAGCUUCAGCUUCAGCCUCAGCCUCAGCUUUUGCUCCAGUAUCAACAGCUGCUCAAUCCUUUUCCACACAAGAACUUGGCUCAUCUCUAGAAGCACCUUCUUGGUUCUUUUCAUUUCAACAAGAUUUCUCUAGUUUCUCUUCUAAAGUACGCACUCGUCUUCAGAAUAUCAAAGAAAAGAUCACAUCACUUGACAAAUGGGUCACUCAUAUGGAAAAAUACCAUGCCAAAUCCUCUAAAAGCAGUGAUCCCAUGGACAUUAGCUCUGCGUCUCAGAGUGGAGAUGAUAAUACUAGUGAUGAUGAUGAUGAUGUUUCUACAGAGAAAGAAGGAAAUUCUGAAGAUGAAGGUGAUGAAGGAAAUAAUGAAGAAGAAGGGACUCAAGAUGAAGGAGAAGAAGAAGAGAAAGGAGAUGGCUCUGAAGAAGAAGACUAG